GACCUGGGGCGCGCGGUGUUUACCAACAAAGGGCGGCCCCGCGGCCUCGGCGCCGCGCCACCUGCCUGGGAUCGGGGUCGCGCGGGGCGCUCUGCUCGCGAUCCUAGAGGCGAGCUCGCCCGUGCCGUUCCUCUGCGCGAUUCUGGCUCGCUGAAGUGCUAGGUGAUGGGGGAACCUGGAGCGUCAGGGUCGGGGUUCAGGUUUCGCGGGCGCGCGGACCCCAGGGAAACCUGAGCGUGGGGAAGGCGGCCAAGCCAGGCGGGCAUCUAAUCGGGGGAGGCUGGGUUGGGGUUGCUUGCUUCUGAGAGUCAGAGGUGUCGCAAAGCGAAGCGGACGGCUUUUCACAGCCCGCCUGGAGUCCUCUGCACCCCGUCCCGCCACUCCGCGUCGCGAUCCUCAUGCGAGUGGCUCCUACCUGCGCCCGCUUUCCUUGCAGCGGGCCGCAGAUGCGCCCUCGUGGGACCGCUUUUGUUUUGGGCAACUGGGAGUGGAGAAUGGUUGAAGAGGCGAACCAACAGGUCUCAGAUCGCUCCGGCCGGCACGUGGCGGGCGUGAGUGACCUGCGCUGAGCCCGCUGGCGGCUGCGGGCUAUGGAUAGCUGGUGCGCGUCUGCUUGGGACUAGGACCUGUGGGUGUGUACGCACGAAGUUGUGGUGGGAAAGCGCUUUCUCCCCCAAAGCCCAGGCACUGAUUUCUCUGUCCCGAUGGUGCUAAAGCAUGCUCAACUUUGUAUGAGCUUCGGGGCGGCUUUAGGGCAGUUCCAGGAAACGUGGACAGUCGGGCAUUGAGACUCCAGAGAAAAGAUCUUGGAGAUUGGGACGGCUGGUGCCCGGUGGCCAGGGCUCUGGGUCCUGCGCGUCUUUGUUCCCAACCCCCAUUACACAUGCAGCUCGGGUCCCCUGCCGCCCGAGGUGGCAGCAGCGCGGAGUCUGGGAAACCCGCGAGGGGCGGGGCCCGGAGUGCUAGGGAAGGGCUGGGAUCCCCCUUGCAGCCGCGGGGGUGGGUAUCCCAGAUGGCCAUUGCACCCCCUCACUGGGAUCCUCACUUUCGGUCUUCUCCCUUCUAUUACAAGGUAGUGAGUAUUAGUUUAAUUCCGACCUGAGAGUUUUCGCACGAGCCUGGAGCGGUGGAGCAUGAGUGCACGAACCAGAGGGCAGAGAGCACUUCUUUGCUACCCGAGCCCACUGUUGGGAAGCGGUUUCAGUGCUGCCCUGGAGUGGUAGAGGCAAAGUGGUGCUCAGGGUGAACAUUUUGUUUCUUUCUGCCACUCACCGAAGUGUUGCUCUUGAGACUUUUCUCCCCAAGAACGGGGGCCUGGAAGCGAUGGAAACAGUGGCCUGUUCUGGGGAGAGCAAGAGCAGGCUGAUCCAAGGGUACACAGCGGCUCUGUAGAUGUCUCUUGACUGCCUGAUCUCUACUCCUGGACGUGUGCCUUGUCUCUUUUAAGUUUAGGUUUGUUGAAAGCAUUUUCUCUGGACAGUAGCCUCGGACUACAAAGCUGUAUUUCACAGCUCCAGUUUGUCCCAGUUGGACCUCACCAGUCACCUCCCAUUUGGGGCGCGGUGAGAGUGGAUCCCUGGUACUGUGUCUACACUAAUGCUGCACUCUUAGGGGGGAGAAUAUGGAGGCUUGUGUUCUGUCUGACUCAACCUGUGGUUCUGCCCUCAGGGAAGCCACACCUGUGCUGUGGUGGCAGCUGCUUUCUCUUUUGAGGAACUAGAAGAGAACUUUGAAGGGUUGGGGGGUAGAGCUGGCCUUCCUGUGCCUCUGGCUUCAGAGAUCUUCAUGUUUCUGGCUUGAUAUUCAGAAUUGCUUAGCUCUGUGGUAAAAAAAGAAGAGAUCUGUAUACUGGUGCUACUGACGGGAACAUGGGCUUGGCAGAUAUAUUCAACUUAAAAAUCCCCAAUAGUCAUGUUAGUAAAGGAAAGAAAUAGCUGUGUCUUUAGUGUAUUCUGGCUGCUUUAAUACCACAGGACUGGGUGGUUCAAACAGCAAUGUUGGGGCUGGAGAGACAGCUCAGUGCUUAAGAGUGCUUGCUGCUCUUGCAUGGGACCCAGGUUCUAGUCUAACCCCUACAUAGUAGUUCAUAGUCAACCUGGAACUCGACUUCCAGGAGGGUCCCGUGCUUUCUGGCCUUGGAGAGCACCAGGUGUGUAUGUGGUACCCAGACAUAGUUAAUUACAGUUAAAAUAGCCAUAUAUAUUUAGGGAAUCAGCAGCACUUAUUUUAACAUGGUUCUAGAAGCAAGACCAGGGAGUCUUAAGAGAGCCAGUCCUACAGUACAGAUCUAAUCCAACUUUUACUCCUUCUCUUCACUCACUUCCAAAGACCUUUAUGUUGUUAUUGGCGGUCAGAGGCCGGCUGGCUCUGUCAUCGUUAGGUAGAAUUAAGUUAACAUGAAGGUUGGUCGUUUCAACAUCUAUCGCUAUAAUUGAUGAUAAAGGGGGAAAAUUUUCCAAGACAGGAUUUUUAACCAUGGCUGUUCUGGAACUCUCGCUCUGUAGACCAGGCUGGCGUGGAGCUCCUAAAGCUCUUCCUGCCUCUGCCUUCCAAGCACUCUGAUUAAGCACUGCUGCCUUGCCCUGUUUGAGGCAUGAAAAGAAUUUUAACUGUCUUCAACAUGUGGUCAGCGUCUUAACCCUUCACAGAACACCUCAGUUCCAACUCUGCACACUUGAAGUUCUCCGUAAUGGACAGCACUGGCUUAGAAAGACAGGCCAGACUGAUGCUGUAGCCCGCAGAUACGUCUGGAUGUCUUUCUAGAUCUGAGGCUGGCCCAGUAUGUCCUUCGGAGGCUGGCAUUUGGCCUUGUGUUGCAGUGGACACCAGGCACUCUGUCCUCUGCCAUCUGCCUCAGUCUUUGGGGUUCAGAGCAGAGAGCUCUGUACUAAGAAUGGUCUCAACAGGUCCUUACUGCCCAGUGGUGUUCUCAUAGGCUGACCACUGACACCAGGAUGUUUCUUGUCUGUUUUCUCUGGUUGGAGGUGCGUAUGAAUGGCCUUUAAUCUUCUGGUCCAUUGUAGUGGGAGAGGCCAAGGACAAGGGCUACAGAGUCGUGGAAUUCCCUCCCAAAUGUCCUCUGCUCUCUGUCCUGUCUGCUGGUCAGGUGCCUGCCUGUCAGGUGGGCAUACCCUCUGGGAGGAGUAGGAACCCUCCUCCACUCUCAGGGCUCUUACAGAGCAGAUGUGAUUCUUGCCCAUCCUCCCAGACUCCAGAACCCUUUGGGUGUCCUGCUUAGGCAGGCUUUUGAAGUGGCUCUUCCUGGCACCCAGAAUUCUCCAAGUCUCUGGACUUGUCCUAGCAGUUACCUAAGGCCUUUUUUUUUUUUUUUUUUGCUAGGAGCACAGAGGGAAGCCCCAUGGUCGCUUGUCCUAAUGCUCUGAGAAUCUAAGAAAUCAGAGCUCAAGAAAAUGUAAAUCAGGGCUUAUGCGCAAGCGUGUGCAUUUGUGUGUGUGUGUGUGUGUGUGUGUAUACAUACAUACGUAGUGUUGUAGUGUUGCACAUCUUUGGUGGGCUCUGUAAAAUCCCAACUACCUUGCAGUCAGCCCUCCCCUUGGGGUAUUCUGUCCCUGGGAGGUUGUGUGUGUUGGACAUACUCCGUAGUCUCUGGACAUAUUCCUUAGCCUGUUUGGUCCGUGGACAUGUCCUUGCCUUUUCUUCUGCUACUUGUGAUUCUGCCCAUCACUCCGUUUCCAUGGUUUCCUCCCCAUCCAGGAAGCCGCCUCUCUGAGUGCCUAUGUAUUUAGCCCUUCUACCUGAGAGGUCAGGAGUGCGCAUGGGAUCCACAGCAGGUCAGAGCCUGAGUUCAGAGCCAGGUCCUAACCUAUUACCAUGGCCUGGGAUCCAGUGGGUUGAGGGAGAAGAGCAAAUCUGGAUCAUUCAGGACCAGUCAUGUUUUCAGUCUUGCCUCCUCCCCAUUCAUGUGUGUGUGUGUGCACGUGUGUACCUGUGUGUGUGUGUGUGUGUGUGCAUGUGUGUGUGUGCACGUGUGUACCUGUGCAUGCGAGUACCUGUGUGUGUGUGUGUUUGUGUGUGUAUCUGUGCAUCUGAGUGCCUCUGUGUGUGUGUAUACCUGUGCAUGUGAGAGCCUGUGUGUGUGUGUGUGUGUUUGUGUGUGUAUCUGUGCAUCUGAGUGCCUGAGUGCCUGUGUGUGUGUGUAUACCUGUGCAUGUGAGUACCUGUGUGUGUGUGUGUGUGUGUUUGUGUGUGUAUCUGUGCAUGUGAGUGCCUGUGUGUGUGUAUACUUGUACAUGUAUGUGGGUGCAUGUUCAGUCUAGAGAGCAUCAUCAUAUGUCUUUCACAAUUUCUACCGCCUUGUUUUUUCUUCCUUUUAAAAGCAUUUUGCUGUAGCUCGUGGGCGCGUGCCACAGCUCGCUGUGUUCGCGGAGGUCAGCAGACAACUUGUGGACGUUGGCUCUCUCCACAGCAGGUCCUGAGAAGUCAGACCCGGGUUCUCAGGCUUGGUUGCAGGCAAGGCUUUACUGCUGAGACAUCUUGCUGGCCCCAACUUCAUUUUUGAGGCAGGGUCUCUGUCCCUGGAGUUUACCCUUAAAGCAAGUGUUGCAGAUACUCACCAUCCUGCGUGGCUUUUGGUGGGGGUGCUGGUGUUUGAACUCUGGUCCUUAUGCUUGUGUGGCACACACUUACCAGCUGAGUCAUGUCCCCAGACCACAGUUUGGGUGACAGUCCGGAUAGACAGCCCUGGGUUAGAGUCCUGGCUGCACGGGCCUUUCUAGAACAGGGUUUCUCCAACCUUGACAGCAUUGGUAUUUUAUACCUAUGGCUUCUGUCUGCUGGGAGGAAUGUUGAUGGCAGUAUAGUGGCAGGCCUGCACACUGCAGAUGCCGUUAUCUCUUCUCAGACCAUGGUGAGUGGGAGUGACUCUUGGCAUCUCUGAGGGUAGGGCCAAAACCAUACUCAGGUAGGAUGAGAGCGUGGUCUAGAACAUUCAGCCUUUACUGGGGUAGACGGUUGUGGGAGAUGUCCAUCCAUCUUUCUUCCUCUGGAGACAAGGUAGGGUAGGGAGCUGGGUUCUCCUUCAAAGUGUAGAUAACUCCUGCUUCUCUGAACCUGUUGGAGUGUGUGUUUGGUUCAGAAUCAGUGGUCCAGUGGACCGGCUGCCACGGAGAAGAAUCCUGGCGUCCUUGAGUUUUCCCAGAAGUGGUUCGGGUUUCAGGGAGGUGGCUCGUUGUGGGUGGCUGGGCACCCGCCCACCUGCUCUGGCCUUUGCCUUGAGGCUGGCACUUCUGCCUCUCCCUCCCACAGAAUGUCAGGAAGUGCCUGUUGUUGGGGCUCUGCCUGCCUGACACCCCCUCUCUGCUCACCUGGGAUCUGGGUGAGCCCAGGCUGUACCCGUCGGCCAAACCUGGGAGCCAUAGCAGGAUCCUGGCAUGCCCUUUCUUCCCAGGGGUCCUGCCCUGGAGCCUCGGGGCCAGGACGCCAGGGCAGGGGGGCAGCCUCACCCCAAAGGUUCCGGGCGAGGGGAAGCUGAGACUCGGGAGUGCAUCUACUACAACGCCAACUGGGAGCUGGAGCGCACCAACCAGAGCGGCCUGGAGCGCUGCGAGGGGGAACAGGACAAGCGGCUGCACUGCUAUGCCUCGUGGCGCAACAGCUCGGGCACCAUCGAGCUGGUGAAGAAGGGCUGCUGGCUAGAUGACUUCAAUUGCUACGACAGGCAGGAGUGUGUGGCCACUGAGGAGAACCCCCAGGUGUAUUUCUGCUGCUGUGAAGGCAAUUUCUGCAACGAGCGCUUCACCCAUUUGCCGGAGCCUGGGGGCCCAGAAGUCACGUACGAGCCACCCCCGACAGCCCCCACCCUGCUCACGGUGCUGGCCUAUUCGCUGCUGCCCAUUGGAGGCCUCUCUCUCAUCGUCCUGCUGGCCUUCUGGAUGUACCGACAUCGAAAGCCUCCCUACGGCCACGUGGACAUCCAUGAGGUGAGACAGUGCCAGCGUGGGGGCGGGGGUAGGGACGGCUGCGCAGACUCCUUUAAGCUCUUGCUUUUCCAGGACCCUGGGCCUCCUCCCCCAUCGCCUCUGGUGGGCCUGAAGCCGCUACAGUUGCUGGAGAUCAAGGCUCGAGGUCGCUUUGGCUGCGUCUGGAAGGCUCAGCUCAUGAACGACUUUGUGGCUGUGAAGAUCUUCCCACUUCAGGACAAGCAGUCGUGGCAGAGUGAGCGGGAGAUCUUCAGCACACCGGGCAUGAAGCACGAAAACCUCCUGCAGUUCAUUGCUGCAGAGAAACGAGGCUCCAACCUGGAGGUGGAGCUGUGGCUCAUCACAGCCUUCCACGACAAGGGCUCCCUCACGGAUUACCUCAAGGGGAACAUCAUCACGUGGAACGAGCUGUGUCAUGUGGCAGAGACGAUGUCACGAGGCCUCUCGUACCUGCAUGAGGAUGUGCCGUGGUGUCGUGGCGAGGGCCACAAGCCUUCUAUUGCCCACAGGGACUUCAAAAGCAAGAAUGUUCUGCUGAAGAGCGACCUCACCGCGGUGCUGGCUGACUUUGGCCUGGCUGUUCGGUUUGAGCCGGGGAAGCCUCCAGGGGAUACCCAUGGGCAGGUUGGCACCAGACGGUACAUGGCCCCCGAGGUGCUGGAGGGGGCCAUCAACUUCCAGAGAGACGCCUUCCUGCGUAUCGACAUGUACGCCAUGGGCCUGGUGCUGUGGGAGCUCGUUUCUCGUUGCAAGGCCGCAGAUGGGCCUGUCGAUGAGUACAUGCUGCCUUUCGAGGAAGAGAUUGGCCAACACCCUUCACUGGAGGAGCUUCAGGAGGUGGUUGUCCACAAGAAGAUGAGGCCCACCAUUAAGGAUCACUGGCUGAAACAUCCGGGCCUGGCCCAGCUCUGCGUGACCAUCGAGGAGUGCUGGGACCAUGAUGCAGAGGCUCGUCUGUCUGCAGGCUGUGUGGAAGAGCGGGUAUCCCUGAUCAGGAGGUCGGUCAACAGCUCUACCUCGGACUGUCUCGUCUCUCUGGUGACCUCCGUCACCAAUGUGGACCUGCUCCCUAAAGAGUCCAGCAUCUAAGCCCAGGACACUAGCGUUUCUCCAGACUCAGUGGAUCUGAAGAAGAAAAAAAAAAAGGAAAAAAAAAGUUGUGUUUUGUUUUGGAAAUCCCAUAAAACCAACAAACACAUAAAGUGCAGCUGCUAUUUUUCCCUUGACUUUUAUUAUUAUUAUAAUUAUUAUAAUUAUUAUUAAUAUUAUUUUUGGAUUGGAUCAGUUUUUACCAGCAUAUUGUUCUACUGUAUCGCAAACAGCGGACACGUCAGCAGGCGUUGAGGUGCUGAGCUGUGAACGCAGAAGCGGCGCCAUGCUGAAGAGCCUCAGCCACUUCCUGUCCUUCUUGUUCUCUUUGUCGUCUCAGAAUCUGUAACACAAAGAAACUCGUCUCCUGUCUUAGGAAACUCAAUGCUGCAGUUCUCUACUAGAGGAACCUUUGAAGACUGUUACACGGACACACCCUUCCUCCGAAGAGGGUCCCCCCUCAACCCCCUUUAUUUUGUAUUUCUCCCAUUUCAGGCAGUGAACUUAAGAAAGGGCAGGUGCGUCCUUGUGGAUGUGACAGGUGUCGUCCUGACCCAGUGACUGGAGACUGAGAUGAGGAGGGCGGUCUAGUCUGAAGCCGGAUGGGAGGACGAUGCUUCUGGGUAGGGUGCGUGCAGAGCAGAGCUACACUGGACUUGGGCACAUUUGGAGCAACCCCCUUGGCUGUGGAGGCUACUUUCUCAGGUAACAAGGGAUUUGAGGGCGAGGACCUUGUGGAGGCCGAGCAGUAAUAAUAGCAAGCACAGAUUUGGAGAAGGACUGAGAGCAGGGCCCGGCCGCCCCCGCCUGCCCAGUUUUUCCUCACUGACGGGCUUGGCCGUCAGAGAAGACACUGCCUUGCUCCUGGGUUAGGACCAGGCGAGGGCGUGGAAGUUCAGUGGACACUCAUUAGACAUGAUGCUGUAGAUUUCUUUCACGGAGGAAACACUGAGCUGCAGUCUCCUCUUGGCGGUUUGGGCAAAUGCCUGUGGUGCCCCCUGCACAGCGUGGGCGGGCCAGAGGAUCCCUGAGUGGGGACCCCGCCAGCCUGCAGCUCUGGCUUGACCCCAUGCAGUGCGGCAUAACCGACUCCUUUCUGAGGCUCAUUCACGGACACGGCUUUCUCCAAACCCUUUAAAGUGGUGCAUAUUCUACAACUGUGUUUCUCUCACGCCGUAACCUUGCUCCAGGCAGUGGACGUUCCCAAAGCUGCUGUUUCCACAUUGGAAGUUGGUUUUUUUUUUUUUUUUCUUUCUUUUUUUAAUUUAUGAAACAUGCUAAAGUUUUUUUUUUUUUUUUCCAGACAGAACACACACACAUCCACACAUAUACACAUGCAUUGCUGUGUGGCUUCCGAGGUUUAGAUUUUAAAAGAGUAAAAGAAGUAACUUACGACCACAGACCACCUCAAACCAGAAAUACCUCAGAAUUUUCUACUUGUGUAUGUUUUAUUAAUUAUAUAUUUUGUUAGUUGUGUUGUCUUGUAGGAAGUAUAUUUUAAUGUGAGUUGACUUUUAUGACAAGGAAGUUUAAAAGAAAUAGAGAAAAAGAAAAAAAGUUUGUCGUCUUCUAGUCAGCACUACCAUCUUCGUUUGAUAAAAGCUCCCUUGUAAAUAAUCGGCAUCAGAUGUAGGUUGGCCGUCUGGAUUGAGUCGGGGCGGGCAUCCAUCACUCUGGUUUAGACGGUAUCGUUUAAACAGCACAUCUCUUGAUCUUGAGGGUAGGUAGGCCGCUUCCUCCCAGGUUGCUUAGAGGUCAAGCAUUGCUCCUUGUGUCCUCUGGGCAGCACUCAGAAGGACACGCCCACUUUCACUUGGUGGCAGCACAGACCACCCACCCGCCCACCCGAGGUAACCAAGGUAACCAUGCUCCACCUUCAGUUCUUUCAGCAGCAGGUGGGGUCUGUCCCAUCUGUAACUGAGCGGUGACGUUGGGGAGGGCAAGGCUCACAGCUGGGCAGUCGCCCCCUCAGCACAGUGGGGUAUGUAUGGUGCCUGGGGCUGUCCUGGGCUUGUCCUUCUCUGUGGGUGUUUGUGCACUGGGUGCUGAGGAAGGCCAGCUGGCUUCCCUCCCUCUCAGACCAUAGUCUUUGUCUCCUGGGGUCAGUGUGGGCUGGCCGAGUGAGUAGUUAGGGGGACAGGUACUCUUUGUCUGUCUGUCCCUCCCUCCCCAUCUGAUUUUUGUGCUGUGGUAUUUUUUUUUGUUUCAGACUACUUUCCACUGGCAAAGCAAGUCUUGGAGCAGUUGCUUUCUUCUCCACGCGUUUCUUUAAGGAGCUUUAACUAUUUAUUGAGAAGUGCCAUAUGUCUACCUUCUUUAGCUUUCUCCUCAGGCAGUGGGGACACCUACUUUUGACCCUUAACAAACCAACCCACUAAGGAAUGUAGCUGUUUCACUGCAGGAGCGGCCCAGUCACCAGUCACACGCUGUGCCAAACACUAGCUCCCCUGUGCCGUCCCAUGAUGCCGGGUGGGUUUUCUCUUGUGUUGCUUGUUGUCAGAAGCGCCCUGGCCUGGCUGAGCUCUGGUCUGGGACUACCAAGGGAGGCUGUCAACAGUCGUUAGCAUCUGGGCUAGCCUGGUACCACAGGCAUCAGAUGCUAGGGGAAGUGCUGGGCUCAUACAUUCACAGCAAGGGCUCGAUCCCAUUCUCACCACUGGGCUGGCCUUCCUGACAAGGCUAGGUGUGUGAUCCUGCUCUGUGUCUGCUCUGGUCUCCCUUCAUCCCUGACACUGACCGCGCCCUUGACUCUCUCUGUCUUGUACCCUACUCUGCCCUAGGGCUUAGGCUGAGGGAGGGAUUUUUCUUGGUGGCCAGGCUACAUAGGUCUUUAACGGUUGCCAUGGUGCUCUUCAGCUCAGAGAGCCUGUUGUGUGGUAGUUCCUAUGCUCAGCCACUGAGGCGAAGUGGAGGACCGGAGCUGGAGAGCUGGUUGGCUCUCUCUCACACAGAAUUUUACCUUUGUAGCGUGUGGAGCUUCCAGUUUGUUUUUCCUAAAUAACUACACCCCCCUCACCCCCCACCCCCCGGCAAAAGCUUAUGGUGACCUGAGGUGAAUUUCUGCUGCUGUUGUCAGGACUUGGUUCAUUAGAUGAGUCCGAGUCUGAGGAGUUUUCCAGGUCACUCGCCUUGGCCUCCAGCAUCAGCUGUUAAAUCUUUUUCGGCUUUUUGCGACACAGCUUUGUAGAUGAUGAAGCCCGAUCCACAUUUCAGGCAGGACUGAUGGCAGAGGAUGACUUUCCCAGAAGUGCGGUGUGCCCUCAUUAACGGGAAACCUCCAGGAAGGGAUGGUGUCCCGGGGGUCCCUUCCUCCCAGCCCGGAUGACAUGAGUUUUCCUUCGUCCCCAGCUGUUUGUAAAGGCUAAAAUGGAGGAGUACUGGGCAGCUGGCUCGACCGGCCUAGUGAUGAGUUUAAAUCUCAGAUAACGUUGUUUUAGAGAAGUAGGCCCAGUAACUCAGCUGCGGGGCUUUUCAGAAUCUAGAUGCUAAACUCUCCAUGCCUUCAAGAUUAAAUGCCUAGUUCUUUACACACAGUUCUGGGUAGUUGAUCUGUAGCCAGCCGCCCUCCUGGGAAUGUACCCCAGACCUUUAGAAAGACAUUGAUGUGCAUAGAAAGUGCUUGUGAGAUACUGAUUUAGUUUUAUAGGAAAAAGAAAGUUAAAACACUCCCUUAGUUGGUUCAACCGCAUUAAGAAAGAAAAGAAAAAGAAGGAAAGAGAGUUCAAGAGGCACAGGAACUAACAUAUCAAUAAGUAUGCCCAGGUCCUUUGGUGGGUCCCUUAGGAUAGUGCUGUUUGGACCUAUCUGUGAUUAAUGUGAACUACUGUUGGACUGACAGUUUGAAGCGAGAUCAGGAAUGCCUGCAUCUUUCCCCCCCACUGAACCAAGCUGUAGCAUUUUCAUGCCAGCAUCUUCCAGCUGUGAAGGAAGCAAGACUUUGUCCCCCUGGCGCUCCGUGGACCAGGCUUCUCAGUACUCAAACCAGCGCCAUUUCCCCCAUCCAUCCACGGCAGCACCGGGGCCAUGAUUCCCCUCAAGAGUUAAAAUUCAUGUUGCUCAGAUGCCAGUGUGGGGUCGUGGGCUCUGCACUGACCUCCUCUUCUCCAGGCGAGCGUCUAUACUGUUAGGCUGAGUUAGUGUGUGCAGCCCCGUCUGGGUGCACGCGGCAUACCAUUCAGAUGGGUGUUCUGAACACCCGCAGAGAACAGUUACUACGUUCAUGUGUAGACUUUGUGCUUUUGAGUUUACAGUUGGGAGAAGUGCGACCCGUCACAUCCCCCCCCCCCCCCCCCGCACGUGAAGGUGGGUUUCUGUGAACGAACAAGCGUUACCUCAAGUCCUGGGGCGCCCACCCUGCACGGGCCCUUUCCCAGCUCCCCGUCACUUUACACCAGUGUUGUUAGAUAGCACUGUAAAUAAGAGUAGGUUCUAUGACAGACCCCACUUGAAAUUUUACUUUAAGAAGUCUAUAGCUCCAUGCAUAUAUUUAGUUAUAUCUCUUGUCAGAUAGCCUCCACGAGGUGUGGAGAUUGUUUUAUACCACAGAUUAUUUUUAUAAACUAGUGAGUCAAGUGUGGAUGCGUCUGUAACCCAAGCCAAUGAGCUUUACCGGCAGGAUUAUGUGCACACUGGAGCCGAGUGCGGGGAAGCUUAGCUUAGUGCAUGCAUGGGUUCCUGAACACGCUGGCAGCCUGGAGUCGGCUAACGGGUCCCCCUCUGGCAGUGGUGUCUGUCCUGCUCCCUGCCUGUAGAGGUGACAGCGGCUGGGCCAGGGGAGGAGCCCUGUAGUGGGUUUGAUUUCUGCUGAACAAAGGGUUCUGAGGUGGAAAGUAGGAGGACUACGUAGGAAGGAGGAGUUAGGACAGAAGCCACGUGCCCCACUCCUAGAGAAAGAUUCGGGCUAGAGAAGCCAUUGAAUGGGGAAUGGUGGCUGAGUUCCACUAGCCAGAGCUGUCUAGGACCAAACUGAGUAGCCCUUUGGAAACGGUGGGCGCAUGGGUAUCAUGGUGGAAUUAAGCAGGGAGCUGACAAGCACAUUUUGCCUGCUUUGGUCAGGGUCAUCCCAGAGGCUGCCUUCUGCUCUGUUGAGUCCAUCAGGAACCAGGGAGGAAGCUCAGAACCUCAGGCUCACUGCAGGGCAUCUUUCCAAGUCCUGCAGAGGGAUUCUGCAAAGGCCAAGCCAGCCAUGGCCAGAUCUGUGGUCCAGCUAAAGGCUUGUUCCUACAUCCUGCCUGCCAGCUCCAGCCUGCUGCUACAGAACUACACUGGAUGGGGUGGUCCUGCUAAGAGACCCUUAGUAUGUCAGUCCAAAGCAGCUGUGUUCUCCCUUCCCCCUGGCUAGAAUGCUGUUGUACGCGCCCUUCCUUUCUACCUGGGACACUUAGUUCCUUCCUGAUCCAGCCGAAUCCUUGGAGCACCUUCCUCCUCCCCCUCCACACACACAACUUUUGUUCCCCAUGAAAAAACACUUCUGUGCUUUGCAACCAACCGCCCAUCUUGGAAUGUAAUUCUGUUGUGCCUUUGUUUUCUGUCACCCACUCCCUCAAAAGCAACUGCUGUAAGCUUUUUUCUAACCCAUCUUUUCUAGCCCCACCCCUUCCUCCGGCUCCCCCUGUUCCAGUCCCAAUAUCUGGAUGCACUUGUGUGGUCCAGGUACUCUAAGAACCAGUUACCUCAGACCCGAUGUGCAACAGUGUCACCAUCCGGCCCUCUCCGUCCUGCCAACUCUUACCACACAUGCAGGAGGCCCACUGAGCACGGACACUUGUUUUAAAGCAAAACUCUUCCCGAGGAUGGAACCAGGGGGCUUCUGGCAAGCCUGUGCGGGCACUGCGGGAGUGUCAUCCGAAUGGUGCUUCCUGUGCGUUCUGCCGUGUUCAGUAUUCUCAUAGUCUGGAGAGGCAGACUGGCUGGUCUCGCAUGCACGCACGCACGCACGCAAAUCAGCUCCAAAGAUGAGCUCUUCCUAACACAUUUCCAGUCGCUAGAGCUCAGAUGUAGACCAUUCCUUCAAACAGCAGGGUAGAAGCCCCCAUCCACCGCCACAGUGCAUUCUGGGAAGAUGUCUGUAGUAUACAUUGCUGUGGGAUUAGGCCUUGUGGGAUAUGGCUGCUUGUCAUUUUGAUGUAUUUUAAAUAAAAUAUAUAAAUAUAAAUAUAUAUAUAUAUUUUUAAAGAGCCUUUUUUACCAGUUCAAAAGCUUAAUUAACCAGCUGUCACCACACCUGAAUUUUUGUCUCUAGGGCAUCGAAGGCAGGCCAAGACUAAAAGUGGUACCUCAGCUGUGAGUUGUCUACCCUGGGCUGUCCUGCUGACCAUGGGACACCGGGGUCGGCGUUUUCCCAGUGGGCUUCAACUCAGCCCUCUGCGGUGUUUGGUCUCUGCCCCACUUAGCGGACUGUAGUCCCCAGUCCUUGUAAGUGCUUUAGCCUGAGUGGGGUUUCCCCAGAGCAGUGCCACAAGUGUAUGAGUUUAGCCAAAUAAUUUCUCCACAGGGAAAAGCGUUGUCACGGAAAUUUUACCUACUUCGAAAGAGACCGGAGUAGGAAAAACUAGUUGUGAGUCUGUCUGGGAGCAAGCAGUUUUCACUCGGGCAGGAGAUCUCAUUUGAAAUUCUAGGCCCACCAGCAAGGGUGCAAUUGUUAAAAAAAAAAACGCCAGCGGCUUGCUUUCCCUCCCCCCCCACCCCCCCCGCACCCCCACCCCAAUUCUGUAAAAAUGCAAAGAAAGCUGAGUGGUACUUGAGGACCGCAGGAGAGGGUACCGCAGAUUAGAGACACGCGUCUAGACUUCAGUCCAUGCCACAGGUGCACACGAUGCCGUUUUCAACUGUACGAGAGAGUCUGCUUAUCAACCUGGCAUCAUCCUGGUGGUGAUGUCAGAGGCCACGUUUUCCCACAUGUUAAUAUCUCUCCACAUCUGUCCUCGAAUCUGAGUCGCAUUAUGCAGUACCGUAAGCUUAAUUUGUGCCGAGUUUGAUGUCGACUCCCGUGAAGAAGAGCUUCUGGCACGUGACAGACAGUGAGUUACAAAACACAGCAGAGCACAGAAUUCUUGCAGGGACAGUUUUGGAACCAGCAGAAAGUGUCACUUUUUAGUUACCAUCUUAUGUAUCAGUUUUACCGGCUAUUUCUGAAUUUGUACAUUAUUUGGAAGGGAAACCGUAAGGCUUGUCUAACUUAGUGGAAAUGUGUGUGUCGCCCUUAGGAUGGGUAACUAAGUCUCACUAAGCUGUGUUAUCUAACUUGUAUAUAUGAAUUGUAAUUAAGAGUUCGGAUUCAUCUGUUUCUCACGGUUUAAAACGACAAGUCGUCGCAAGGUCUGGAGAUGUGACUAGUCUGCGAUUUCGAGCUGUAGAAGUGACGUAGCUCUCUGAAGUGCUGAAACACUAAAACUUCCAGUUUUGGGCUCAAAUUCGAUGACUGUUUGUAUGCCGGAGUAUGUGAGGUGUAAAUGUAGUGGGGUACUUUUCACCCUUGUAGCUAUAAAAUAAACAUUUUGUAGAACAGAAAAUAGCUUGUACUACUGAAUUAACAAAAGUUAUACUAAAGUAUCAUGUCUUAAAAAAAUAUAUAUAUAUCUAUAUAUAUCUAUACAGAGUUAAGCUUGUUGCUGUCACCCUGUCUGGAUUUGAAAAGUGUGCUGAUUUAUAUAUAUAUAUAUAUAUAUUACACACACUCACACACACACACACACACACACACACACACACACACACACAUCUAUAAUGGCCUGAAGCAGACAUUCAUGCAACUACAGUUGCGAAGCGCAAACGUUUUAGAAAGAACAUUGUACCAUAGUUCAUUCAUCUGCGUGAAUCCUCGCUCCUUUUUCCUGUGGUAAUUUUAGAAACGAGUGUCAAGUUUGAAAUUAGAUCUGCUAAGUUGGGGUUCUGCUGCCUGAUUCUGCACUGGGUCCCCAAACAAACCGAUGUGAAUGUAGUUCCCCACCCCUGUGUGAAGGAGCAGCCACACCCCCAACAGAAUAGGAGGAAAAGUCUAGAAGUAUCUCAAGGUUUAUCUUUUUGUAUAUGAAAAUAAAUAAUAAUAAAUAAAAUAACCUUGUCUGUC